AUGAGCAGUAACUGCACAAAUCCUCAACAUGUCCCAUUAGUUGGCAACACCUUAUGUGUUGCACGAACAGCAUUAACUGGUAUAUUUCUAGCAUGUGUUAUUGUAUCUGGCGUUUGUUUAUUGUUACUUAUUGGUUCACUAAUAUUCUUCUAUAAGCGACGUAUAUCUUCAUCUCAUGGAAAAUAUUAUCAUAACGAUGAAUCAACUCGAUCAGACAUUAGUAAUAAUGAUAAAUCAAACCUAUCAGACAUUAGUUAUACUGAUGAUGAUGGUGUUAGAUCAAAUCUAUCUACUCCUAGCACAGAUAGAAGAAUAUCACGUGUCCUUAAACAAAUUAUUGAUAAGAAUCCUUCGAAAGAUUCCAUUCAUGCAUCUCUUCAUCAUAAUCUUACAAUUCAAAAAUCACAAACAUCAUUAUCUUCAUUAUCUUCACCAUCAUCUCAAUCCUAUAUAGGUUUACAUCCUCUAUCAGAAUCAUCAAUAAGAAUACAACAACAAACAACGAACAUCAUUUCAACACAAUAUAAUCAUAAUAAAUGGACAACACAUGAAUCGCAUGAAUCAAUUUCAACCAUUCCAGAUCAAACAGACGACACUAAUGAAUAUAAAAAUAUAAUUUCGUCUAAGUUUUGA